UGGGCCAUCUUUCAUCAAUAAUGGAAAUGUUAUCUAAAUAAGGCAACAGAAAACACUUGUUUCUUCAACAAUUAUGUAGCUCUCUUCAGGUCAGACAGCAACAGAUUCUGUUUUUCUUUUAGUGAGGGAACAAAAUAACUGAAAAGGAGCCAGUAAUCAGAGUCCUGCAGCUGUUAAAAUAUAAUCAUCCACAGGGAAAUGUACAGGAAUGAAUGUUAACAUGAGAAACUACAGUGAAACUACAAACAGCCGUACUAAUAAACAAAGCUUUCACAGUGAGAUUGAGGCACAUAAGAUACAUGAACAGAAACUGUCAGUGUGGUAAAAUGCUGCUGCUGACAGUUAGGCCCUACUGCUGAUGGAUGGCUAACGUUAUAGCUUGAGUGGGAGGCUGCUGGACAGUCAUGGCUGCAGCAGAGCAGCAGCAGUAAACAUGACUGUUGUCUCCAACUACAUCUCAGCCCACAUCAUACAGCUGGUUAUUUACAGACAACACUUAGCCUAACGCUACCUGGUGAUUCAAAUAUGUGUAAAUGUCCGGAUAAGCAAUGUCUGGCCGCUGUUUUGGGACGGGGGAAGACUGAAGGAGCGUGACGGCUGACCGAUCCGAUCAGCCUUCAUUUAUCAUCACAGACGCGCAGGUUCAGGCAAGCUCACAACAUCAUUGUUAGAAAUGUCUGUAAAACAUAGGCUUGUCUAUUACUAAAGGAAUGUAUAGGCCACAAACCUGUCAAAACUGCAACCCAAACUGCGGAGUACCCGUAUGUGCCGGUCUGAUGUAUUACACGACAGCGAUGCGGUCAGGACCGAGGCGCCUGCGGGAGUAGGCUACACUGAGUGGGAGUAUGAAUGGACAACAACCAGCUCACACUUCCAAAACACAGUGAAUACGGGGUUAUCACUUCAGUUCAGUUCAAUUUGGGUUAUCAGUGCUACCGUUUACAGUGGUGGGAACUACAGGUGUCAGGGUAAACACAACAUGGGACUGUAUUCAACAGAAUGGAGUGAUCCGAUCACACUGACACUGUCGGCACACAGACCAAAGGCUGAACUGAGAGCUGAUGUCAGAGAUUUUCCAGCAGGGGGCAGUGUGACCCUGACCUGCUCUGUGAAGCCAUCAUCAUCUGGUUGGAAAUACUUCUGGUACAGAGGAGAGAAAACCUCUGAACCCCUGCCCACACAAGAUGCUGUCUUCCUCUCAGACGGACAAAUCAGAGUCUCACAGGGAGGACUCUACCGGUGCAGAGGAGGAAGAGGAGACCCAGUUUACUACACAGAGUACAGUUAUUCAAUCAGAAUCAACAAAAUGAUUCCCAACAGGGCCAUUGUGACCCUUCAACCCAUCUGGCCUCAGAUCUUCAGUGGUGAGACCUUCACUGUCAGAUGUGAGAUCGAGGGAGGAAGAGACACUAAAUGGACGUAUGAAUGGACACCAGCUAAAUUAAACACACCUCCAACAAACAGUGAAUACAGGAUCAGCAGAGCUACUGAGUCCCACAGUGGAGACUACAGGUGUAAGGGCAGAAGGGACUCAUAUUCCUCAACCAGGUGGAGUGAUGUCAUCACAGUGACAGUAUCAGACAAACCCCAGCCUGUCCUCACUGUGUCUCCAUCAUGGCUGAGUCCUGCAGACUCAGUGACUCUGAACUGCAGUGUUAAAGAUCCCUCUGCAGGAUGGACGUUCUACUGGUAUAAGGCUGUUCCCAAACUAGCAGACAACUCCUACAGCGAUGAGCUGCUACCUGGCAACAGCAGUGGGACUGAACAGGAUUCCUACAUUGUUCAUGGACAGACACACACAGCAGGAUAUAAGUGCAGAGCUGCAAGAGGAGCUCCAGUGUAUUACACUCAGUACAGUGAACCAAAGUUCGUCUGGUCUGGAGAUGGAGAUAUUAUCCUGGUGAGCCCUGUCCGUCCUGUGACUGAGGGAGAUUCUGUUAGUCUUAGCUGCAAGUUGAGGACGGAAGAAUUAGUUUCAGAUGUGUUUUUCUAUCGAAAUGGCGAACUCAUUCAAAAUGAUACCAGAAGGGAGCUAAACAUCUCUGCAGUGUCGAAGUCAGAUGAGGGCUUCUACAAGUGUCAACACUCAGGAAAAACGUCACCACAGAGUUGGAUGUCAGUUAAGGCAGUGACCAGGCCUGAAAGCUCUUCAUUUCCUGUGCCGUUUAUUGUUGGGCUGGUUUGUGGAAUCGUUCUUAUUAUUCUUCUGCUCCUUUUGUAUCGCUGUAGACAGUCCAAAGGCCAAUCCAGUCUGACAGCACCAAUCGGGGCUCCGCCACAAAUCACGUGGUCAACCAGAAUGAGGCUGAACGUGCUGAAUACUCCACUCUUCUUCAUGGUGAUACUUGUCUCUAUGAAACAAUCAAAGGCUCUGAAGACACUGAAAACGAUGAUACUUGUCUCUAUGAAACAAUCAAAGGCUCUGAAGACACUGAAAACGAGAAGCAUCAUGAACCAGAGGAGAGCUCUGUUUACUCUGAUGUGAAGAUGGGAACUGCAGCUACAGUCAGUUACAACAGUCAUGCUCAAAGUUUGGAUUGAAAUGUGUCAUGUCAUUACACAGUUUAAGGUCUGUUUCUAAGUUUGUCAGUUUCAUAUGCAGCAGGCCUAUGUGUUAUUGUAUGUUGUGUGUCAUUUGUUUCCAAUACGUUUCCAUCUCACAGACAUGGCUCAAAACUGAAUGGUUUUACUCUCUGGUCAUGCUGUUGCAGAUUAUGAAAUAGACUGUAUGUGGAAAUUCCCUCUCCACCUUCUCCAUUUUGUCUUACACGCUACUGUACAGUCAGAAAAAACACAAGGGCAUCAGAUUAUUUUUUUUAAAUUUUUUU